AUGGGAAAACGUCGAGAACCUACUCCCGAGUCAAGCUCUGAAGAUGGCGCCGCCUACGUAGUGGAAGUAAUCAAAGCGGCCAGGGUGGUGGGCUCCCAAUGGGAAUACCGCGUGAAGUGGGGUGGUUAUUCUUCAGAGGACGAAACAUGGGAACCAGAAGAGAACAUCAACCAGGACUGCGAGAGGCUCCUCGAAAGUUUUUGGGACAACGUUGGCCGGGACGAUGACGACUACAAGGAUGGGUUCACGGUUGAGGCCACCCCGACAUGGAUCAAACGAGAGAAGAAGCGUUGGGCCAUCGAGAACCCUGAGAUUUCACAGCAGGCGGGACCUCCGCCGAUUUCACCCGGAGAGGACUCCGAGGCCGAGGCCGAGGCCGAAUACAGACCCGAGCCGGAGUCGGAGCCAGAAUCCGACCCAGCACCAAAACUGGAGCUCCCUCGUAGGAACAAAGGGAAAGCGAAGGCUGUGGACAUAUUUGACUCUCCUUCUCCUCCUCCAAAAAAGACUCACAAGAAGGCCAAAGUCAGGACCGAGAAGGUUGUCCGUGCAUCCUCGUCAGAUGGUCCAUCGAAGCCCAAAAAGCGUCCUAGAUCCUCGGACGAAUCUUCCGACGACGACAGACCCUUGUCGAAGUUGCAGAAGCAGAAGCAGAAGCAGAAGCAGAAGCAGAAGCAGAAGUCGACGUCGACGCCGAUGCCGACGCUUAGGGUCAAGAUUCCCGCCCUCAAGCGUCCUUCCCAACAGCCGUCCUCUGACCCAUUCGAACGCGCCGGUUCUCUCUUCUCCGAAGACGAAGCAGCUUCAUCCCCAGACCCUAUCGAACCUCGCUCUGCUGUCGGAGCCCAGUGGCAACCGUCGUCAGCCACGAUUCCCACGAAGCGUCCUAGUUUGAAAGAGACCUCUGGCCCACCCCGCAAGCGGCAAGUUAUGGCGAUACCCAUGCCCAUCACAGAGACGGUCGGCAACACAGUUAAAGCGCGCAUAGCUCAGCGUGUCCCGACGUCAGAACCCCAAAAGGCCCCGAGACCAGUGGAGGUCAAGUCAAGUGACCUGUCCAAGUUGUCGUUCAGGAAGAACAAGCCGGCGGGUCCCGAGGCAGCCUCUCCCCGCAACCCGGUCGUACAGACCUCCACCAUCCCGCAGCUGCCCUCGGCCACGGGAAGCGGGUCCGGAAGCGGCGGAGAUACUUUCAAAAUUCCUCUCCCCCGGCGAAACAUGUCGGCUCCCUCAAACAUGCCGGCUCCGCUAAUCCGGCCAGACCAGAUGGCGGAAGCGAACGCCUUUCUUCAAAACAUGAUGCCUCCUGAGAUGACAGCUCCGAUGCAGGAGGACGCACCGAGUCCAACAACUCCAAAUAUUCCCCGCCCCCUCCAAACCGCGAUCAGAACUAAAGGUCUUCCACGCAUACAAAAGAAGUGGAAGUGGUCCGGUGGGCUCUACUUGGACGUCAGCCGCGACAAAGCGGAGCACGUGUGCGACAUCGAACUCACGAACGUGAGCAUUUCCAGGCCUGGAGGGCUGACGCUCGGUCUCUGCAUUCCAAAGGAUGCCGAGGCUCUGCGUUUCUCAGCAUUUCACGAACUGCCGUCCCUGCCAAUGAUGCUCGGCGCGAGCACUGCUGCGCAGCAAUUCGCCGCAGUGGCGCCCAUGGCCGACAAGGACAAGGACGCUGUGGCCCAGCUGACCACUUACAUGAAUACGAAUAUACUGUUCUGCUACGCGCACCUCUUCACCCAAGAUGGGCCGGACGUCGGGCACAAGAAAGACGUCCGCACCGUCUUUGUCCACGUCGGCUCCCUGCCGACGCUCCAUCUGCUCCCCACCAUCGCCGAGCGCAGGGCAAAGAAGGGCGACGCCCUGCGCUUCUUCACGUACGGCACGCACCCGAGCGUGCCGCAAGAGCGCUGGGGUGUGCGCGAGAUCUUCCCGCUUGGCGGCGUCGUGACGUUCACGCCUGCGGCCAUCAUCGAAGGCCACUUCCGAGGCGAGCACCCGUUGCGUCUGUACGACGAGAAGAAGUUCGUGCACGAGGGCCUGCUGACGGCGAUCGAGAAGGGCGACGUCGCGCUGCUGCAGGCCCCGGUGUCGCCGCGCGAGCCGGUGCAGGGCGGGGACCCGGUGCUGCUGUGGACCCGAUGGCAGCUGCGGCUCCCGACUGUGGGCGCGCGGGAAAUCCUGACGGAAUGCCUCCAGGUCGCGGCGGAGCAGUUCGCGGGCACGUCCGAGGCCGACCUCCCGGCAGCACUCGAGAAGGAAAUUGCCCGGGACCUGCAGCGGAUGCAGACCCAGCCUGUGAUGGUCGACUCCUACCGGCGGUUUGUCGCGGUUCGCGGCAAGGGCGACCGCGUUCUGGCCGAAGGCGCGCCCGGGUGCGAGUGCGUGCUGGCGACGGAGUUUGAGUUCAGCGACGACUACUUUUCGCCCUCCAUACCAACGGAGGAGGGGCGGAAAUGA